UUCUUUCGCAUUUCCUCACCCACACACACACCCACUCCACUAAUCCCAGACAGAAAUUACAGCGCGAAAGUUUCCACAUUCUCUCGUCUUCAACCCCCACGUGCUCUGUUCCUCCCGCCAGAACCAUAGCAUGCAGCCCCUCAUUGUAUUCACCAUCUUCUUCCUCAUUUCGUUUCUCUCUUUCGCAGAUGCUGGUUCAAUAGGAGUGAACUAUGGCCGUGUGGCGAACAAUCUUCCGUCGGCGGCGAAGGUGGUUCAGCUGAUGAAAUCUCAGGGAAUAGAGCGCACGAAGGUUUACGACACCGACCCUGCCGUUCUGAAAGCAUUGUCCGGUUCUGGUAUCAAGGUCACUGUAGAUCUGCCCAACGAGCAACUCUUUCAGGCAGCUAAAAAGCCCUCAUUUGCUUACUCAUGGGUCCAGAGAAACGUCGCCGCUUACUAUCCUCAUACACAGAUCGAAGCCAUUGCCGUGGGGAACGAAGUCUUCGUGGAUCCACAUCACACCACCAAGUUUCUCGUACCCGCCAUGAAAAAUAUUCAGCAAGCUCUCGUCAAGUACAAUCUUCACUCGGAUAUCAAGGUUUCUUCCCCCAUUGCCCUCAGUGCCCUGGGAAACUCGUACCCUGCUUCAGCCGGGUCGUUCCGACCCGAACUCAUCGAACCUGUUUUCAAGCCCCUAUUGGCUUUUCUGCGCCAAACAGGGUCGUAUCUGAUGGUUAACGUGUACCCUUUUUUCGCUUACGAGUCUAACGCUGACGUUAUCUCUUUAGACUACGCGUUGUUCAGGGACAACCCGGGUGUUGAGGAUCCGGGUAACGGGUUGAGGUACUACAAUCUCUUCGACGCUCAAAUCGACGCCGUUUUCGCCGCUCUCAAUGCUCUCAAAUACGACGACCUUAAGGUGGUGGUCACCGAAACGGGAUGGCCCUCCGAGGGAGACACGAAUGAGGUGGGUGCCAGCAUAGAGAACGCCGCUGCUUACAACGGCAAUCUCGUUCGUAAGAUCCUCACUGGCGGUGGGACCCCACUGAGACCCAAAGCAGAUCUCACCGUGUAUUUGUUCGCGAUGUUCAACGAGAACCAGAAACCAGGCCCCACAUCGGAGAGGAACUUUGGGUUGUUCUACCCCAACGAGAAGAAGGUUUACGAUAUUCCAUUAACCGUGGAAGGCCUCCGGCACUACCACGGGCAACCGUCAUCUUCGUCGUCCCCGAUUCCGGCCAGCGGUGGUCAACCACAAGUGUCGCCGUCUCCCGUCAACGGCAGAGGAGGGGUGUCGAAGAGUACUGUGGCGACCUCGUGGUGCGUGGCAAAUCCGGAUGCCGGGAAAGAGAAAUUACAGGCGGCUCUAGAUUACGCUUGUGGUGAGGGAGGUGCUGAUUGCCGUCAGAUUCAGCCAGGUGCCACGUGUUUCGCUCCUAACACGCUCGAGGCACAUGCGUCGUACGCUUUCAACAGUUACUAUCAGAUGAAGGCACGCGCAGGUGGUAGCUGCUACUUUGGAGGCACGGCGUACGUGGUCACGCAACAGCCUAGAUAUGGUGCUUGUGAGUUUCCAGCAUGAUAAUGUGGUGAAGAGGAUCGAAGAGAACUGACAGUAUAAUGUAAUAUAUUUGUUGUUGCACAUUUGGGCUGAUUUUGAUUGUGCAGUGUAAAAAGUGAAGAAAAAAUGGGGGUCUGAUGAAUUUUUUGGAGUUUGGGAAUGUAUCAAUAAUGAUAUUUGGGAGUAGGUUGUAGUCCAUUAACUUGGAGGCCCUCAUGCCAUGUUAACUUGGAAUUAAACUUCGUACUAAUAUGUUCACUUGGUUGUUCAA